AUGGCCUUAUCCUUCUGCGAGGAAAGCGGUAUCGAUUUACUCCCAGUUGGCAGAUCGGCUGAUCUGGAGUAUGCAGCUAACAUUCUGCUACUAAGUAAAGAUCCGGGUAAGUUGCAAGCUUUUCUGGAUAGUUUGAGUGCUAGUGUAUCCAUGUUCGGUAUGCGUUUUGCACCUUCAAAGUGUAAAAUGUUACUACAAGAUUGGAUUGGUCCAGCACCCAGUCUUACCCUAACUGGGGAAGUAGUAGAGGGAGUUUUUUUAUGGCACAAUAUCGACGAAUACUACGUUGGAGAAAAACCGGAAAAAGAGGUCACUUUUUCAAAUCUCAACGAUAAUAUCAGCUAUAAAAAUCUUGAAGAAAUGUGUAAACCAUUUGGUGUAAUCGAAGAAGCCAAAAUAUACUACCAUCCGAAAACUCAACGGCACUUGGGAAUCGGGACGGUUGUCUUUCAAAGCUCCCGUUGUGCUAAAGCUUGUGCAGAAGCACUGCACCAAACAUCUAAAAUGGGAAACAUCAUGGAUGUUCAGGUGGACUUUUUAGGUGCAAAUCGACUGCGUCUUUUAGCUCAGCAAAUGGCUGAUCUUCUCCCUCAUGACGCGACAGCCCACCACAAAUCAUCUAUGCGUUCAUGUUCUGCGAUUGGCUAUCAACAUUUCGAUCAUCGUGAGCUAAGAACACCUCAUUCCCAAACAUCAAUGCUGCAGAUUCCAAGAUCAUGCGCUUCACAUCAGAAGACAGAAAGAGCUCGGUCAUCUAGCCUUAGAGAUUUGCCUCCGUCACACUGCAUGACCACAUUCAACUCGCAUCUUUUUGGGGGUCCUAGCGUUCCUGGGUCGGAAUUGGUUGCUGAUCAGAAGGACGGCUCAUGUGAAAAGAAUGUUCCAAUUGAACAUCCCGGAUCAACCGAUCGUCUCAGGGCACCUUUAUUAAAGACACCUUCGAAACCCCUUGACUAUGUUGAGAUCACCAUGAUAACACAAGACCUCUUCACCUUAUUUGUGGAUGAAUUGAAGGAGAUAAUGCAUCGUGAUGUUACACGUCGGAUAGUAGAGGGAAAAGCAUUCAAAAUAUUUUCCUCUUGGUGGGACUCGACAGAAGAACCGUUGAAGACUCUGGAUCCACGGUUCACGACGACUGGCAAGUCGGAAUCCAUCGGUCUUGUGGGAGACCAUAAUGUCCCACCCCACGACGAUAAGAACGUACCUCCUGACUCCCAAAUCGUGGCCACCAAUAAUACAGCUUUGACCGGUGCAGUUUAUAGUGCCCCAUCUAUGCCUCAUCCUACUACCACAAGUUCGUACUUCACUUCGGGAUCAUCCGCAACUGUAUCCGGGGGUGAUGCACUUCAAGCUGGAUUUAAUAUGUUUGGAUUUGGAAUGUUCAGCGGUUUGCAUGCCACACUGCCGAAAAUCCGCCGUAAACCGCGUCCACCGAGUCCACAGAAUUUCGACCCGGAAGUUCGAGGUCCGAAUUAUUGUGGUAAAACCAUACAAUCUGAUUCCGAACCUGACCAGGAUCGUCACCGUAAUCGUCAUUCUGUACCACACGAAAGGCAACGUUCCGGAGGCAAGGGAAUCCCAUUUCAUAUGGACAGUUCUUCUGGUGACGAUGAAACCAAAUUGGCAUUAAAUCGAACCAAUAACCGACUAGCUCAACGUAAGCAACUAUGUAUAAUAAGUUUUGGUAACAUGCAUACUUCUUCUUGA